AUGGCGUGUGGCGCAGCGCGGGAAGGGAAAAGUGACACGGCCUCUCUGGAACUUCUGCCCAGCGCGCCUCGUAAAAUGAAUGAAAAUAAACCUGGAGGCUCACAGAAUUCUACUUGUGUUUUCUGUCGAAAAAAUGAUGACUGUCCUAUUAAAUAUGGAGAAAAGAAAACUAAUGAGAAAUGGAAUCUCACUGUACAUUACUAUUGUUUGUUGAUGUCAAGUGGAAUUUGGCAGAGGGGUAAAGAAGAAGAAGGAGUUUAUGGUUUUCUAAUAGAAGAUAUCAGGAAAGAAGUGACUAGGGCUUCUAAACUGAAAUGUUCUGUUUGCAAGAAAACGGGUGCUUCAAUUGGGUGUGUCGCACCCCGAUGUAAACGAAGUUAUCAUUUCCCAUGUGGACUUCAGAGAGAAUGUAUUUUCCAGUUCACUGGCAAUUUUGCGUCAUUUUGUUGGAAACAUCGACCUGUUCAAAUAAUUACACCUAAUAAUUGUAGAGACUCCUUACUGUGCACCAUUUGCUUGGAAUUUAUAGAGCCUAUUCCAACUUACAAUGUGUUACGAAGUCCUUGUUGUAAGAAUGCUUGGUUUCAUAGAGACUGUUUGCAGGUGCAAGCAGUAAAUGCAGGAGUGUUUUUCUUUAGGUGUACUAUAUGCAAUAAUAGUGAUAUAUUUCAGAAAGAGAUGUUGAGAAUGGGAAUUCAUAUUCCUGAAAAAGAUGCAUCUUGGGAAUUAGAGGAAAACGCUUAUCAAGAGCUUCUGCAGCACUAUGAGCAUUGUGAUGUCCGAAGAUGUCGUUGCAAAGAAGGGCGAGACUAUAAUGUGCCUGAUAGCAAAUGGGAAAUAAAGCGCUGUCAGUGUUGUGGUUCUAGCGGAACACAUUUAGCCUGUUCCUCACUACAGUCAUGGGAACAAAAUUGGGAAUGUUUGGAAUGUAGAAGUAUUCUCUACAGCGCAGGCGAAUUCGAGAAAGCCAAAAAACAUGCAUUACCCAACACUAAUGUGGGAAUAAAUGAUUGUUUAUUGGAGGAGUCUUCACCUAAAUUACCCAGACAGUCACCUGGAGACCAGCGUAAAGAUGUGCUGAGGCAAGGCAGCAAAUUUAGAAGAGAUAUCUCGACUCUAAUUAUAGAGUUAGGAUUCCAAGUUAAGAAAAAGCCUAAAAAAGUAUUUAUCAACAAAGCCAAUAUCUGGAAUAGUGCCUUAGAUGGAUUCAGAAAUCAAAACUUUAAUCCUUCAUAUGCAAUUGAAAUAGUGUAUGUUAAUGAAAAUGACCAUUUUGGAAGAGAGCAGCCUGGAUCAAAGCAAGAAUUCCUAAGUCUCUUAAUGCAGCAACUUGAGCACUCACCAUUGUUUGAAGGGUCCUUGUCAAAGAACUUGUCUUUAAAUUCUCAAGCUCUGAAGGAGAACCUUUACUAUGAAGCUGGCAAAAUGGUUGCCAUUUCUUUGGUUCAUGGUGGUCCUUCACCUGGUUUCUUUUCUCAGACCUUAUUUAACUGCCUUGCUUAUGGACCAGAAAAUACCCAACCAAUUUUAGACGAUGUUUCAGACUUUGAUGUGGUGCAGAUUAUGAUCAGGGUAAAUACUGCAGCAACUGUGGCUGACUUAAACUCUUUAGUACAUGACUAUUAUAAGUACCUAGAGCUUAUUGGAUGUCUAAGAAUUAUAACAUCAAUAAGUGAUAAAUAUAUGUUGGCAAAAGACAUACUUGUUUAUCAUGUAAUUAAGAGAGUCCGAGCACCUUUUGAGAGUUUUAAACAGGGUCUGAAAACUCUUGGUGUUUUGGAGAAAAUUCAGACUUACCCAGAAGCAUUUUUUCAUAUCUUCUGUCAUAAACCUGAGAAUCUUUCUGCAAAAAUACUUAGUGAUCUUUUUACAGUACACACAUUGUCUGAUGUACAGACUUUGGGGUUUUGGAAUAGUUACUUACAGGCUGUUGAGGAUGGUAAAUCUACAGUAACAAUGGAAGACAUUCUUACUUUUGCUACCGGUUGCAAGUCCAUUCCACCUGCUGGAUUUAAACCCAGUCCAUCACUUGAGUGCCUUCAUAUGGAUUUUCCUGUAGGAAACAAGCGUGAUAACUGUUUAGCUCUUCCUAUCACUAGUACAUAUAAAGAAUUUCAAGAAAGUAUGGACUUCGCCAUAAAAAACACUCUAAGAUUAGAAAAAGAAGGAAAUUCUCACUUCAUUUGA